UGUCAUUCUAGCCACCAGCUUGUGUACUGUAGUAACUUAUCAGACAAUAUUUGUCGCAAUUGGCCCUUGGCAAUGGUUUUUGCGAUCUUUGGCACUUGCGUUGACACACCAGAAUUCGGUGAGGUCAGAGGUCUGCACGAGCCAACACUGGUAGUCGUUUCAAGUGGCUGCAUCCAAUCUCUUUACCGUGGCCGUGCAGCUGAAGAAUCGCGAAAAACAUUGGAAAACCAAGGGGUUUCUGUCCGUGUUUUGCACGCAUCGGAGAUUUUGGUACCGGGAUUCAUUGACACACACAUUCACUUCCCGCAAUUCCCUUUUACUGGCGCUGGAAUAGACAAACCCUUGAUGGGUGAUGAUGGUUUUCUUGUAAAAUAUGCCUUCCCUACAGAGGAGUCUAUGUCGGAUUUGGCCAUUGCUCGGUCAGUGUACAAUGCAGGAUUAGAGACCCUGUUGCGUCAUGGAACUACCUCUGCUUUGAUCUUUGCAAGCAUUCAUUGCCAGGCGUCGAAAGAAUUGGUUGAUGCUGCAAUUAGGAAUCGUGGCCCACGAGCAUUUGUGGGGAAGGUUUGCGUGGACAGACAUUGUCCUGAUUCAUACAUUGAAACAACCGAAACCUCCAUCAACGAGACAGAAGACUUCAUCAACUACACACAGGCUCGCGCUGCUGAGGCUGGUCAUAGUCCACCAUACCUCGUGCAACCUGUCGUGACGCCGCGAUUCUUGCCAACUUGCACUGCAGAACUGCUUGCUGGACUGAGCCAAUUGGCAGAAAGAUACAAAUGCAUCAUUCAGAGCCACAUGAGUGAAUCCAUAGAUGAGGUGGAAUUUUCUUCAGCACUCUUCGAGGGCAAAACAGAUGCAGAAGUCUUUUCCGACUUUGGAUUGCUUCGAGCACCUUCUGUCAUGGCCCAUUGUGUGCAAAUGAAAUGUACUGAGGAGGACCUGUUAAGAGAUUCCGGUGCAGCCAUUGCUCACUGUCCAUUAUCAAAUUUCUUCUUUGCCAGUGGAGCCUUGCCAGUGAAGCAGCUGAUAAGUCGGGGAAUCAAGGUUGGAUUGGGUACUGAUGUCGCUGGUGGGUACUCUCCUUCAAUGCUUUCUUCCAUGCGUGCAGCUGUACUAGCCUCCAAGACUCUUCACUUUCAGUACCUGCCUGGAGCUGUACAGAGCUCAGUCGGAGGUCUGUCGGUCGGAGCAAAGGAAAAGGAGUCCAGUAAAGAGCAGGACGACUUGAGCCAUUUUGAUGCGCUUUAUUUGGCCACCAUGGGUGGUGCAGCAAGCUUGGGCUUGCAGGACCUUCUUGGAAGUUUCGAGGAAGGGAAGCGCUUUGAUGCUGUUUUGCUCACGCAGGUUUCAACGGCUUUGUCUUUUGUUUGUCGGCAUGACUCACGGGAAGAUCUUCUUCAGAAGAUCCUAACUCUCGGUGACGAUCGAAAUGUCAAAGAGGUUUUUGUAGACGGUCAGUCCGUUUAUAGCCAACCCUGAUCAGUUUGCACUGAACAGCUGUGCAGACUCCCAUCAUUGAAUCAUUGUGUAGCUUCCUCUUUCUGUUGCAUAGAGAUUCUUUUGUUUGUCAGCCUACCAUGACGAGCUUGAGCUUUGUGCGGCUGUGUCAGAAAAGA